CACACAACCCCGUCUCCACUCGGCGAACAACACAACGACCACUGUACUGUUUAUCAGUCAGCCUUCAGAUAGACCACCCGGGUGGAGCUCAGACUCUGAAACCAACUGGACCUUUUUGGGAACUCUCAAAUAAUCUGGACAGAAAAACAAGAAGAAGAACUUCCCACCCCUGUUGGAUUAGUUUGUGCGUCUCGGACUUUGACAGAAAUCUACGAACUUGACCCGCCGCUUUGGGAAUUCAAUUCCUAACCCUGUAAAUGUUGAGGUCGGCGGGUGACCCUCAGAAGAAAGGCAGCGAGGUGGUCACCAUGUGGAUCCCGACGCCCAGCAUGACCGUCCCGCAGAGGCUGGUGCUGUACGGGACCUGCGCCGUGGCUCUCAUCAACUCCGUGGGCCUGCUGGUGCUCCUGGUCCAGCAGGGCCAGCAGCGGGUCUGGCUGGAGCGGUCGGAGGCCAGGCUGGGGGAGGUGGAGCACAGCUCGGUGGUGGAGUUCCUCCAGGAGGUUCCAAGGGGACCGGCGGGGCUGCGGGAGAGUGCCCAGUAUCAGUACUCCAGGAACAAAAGGAGCGAGGAGCUGGAUAAAGACCUGCAGCAUGAGCUUUACCAAGAGGAAAAAGGGAAGGGAAUCCAUCUGCAGGAGGCCAGCCAGGAGGUCUCAGAGGAAAAAGAGAGGACGAAACACGAGCUGAAGCACAAGCAGCGGCACCACCAGCGCUACCACAAGGCACAAGUGCAGGAAGACAUGAUGACCAUGAUGACCUACUCCAUGGUCCCGAUCAAAUUAUUGAUCGACAUUUGCAACAGCACCAAAGGAGUCUGCAUAGCCGGACCUCCGGGGCCACCAGGUUUGCCUGGAGCAGACGGUUCGCCCGGCCACAACGGGACUGAUGGUAUUCCAGGACUGAAUGGAUUGCCUGGGGCUGAUGGAAAAAGAGGGAAAAAAGGUGAGAGAGGGGACCAAGGAGAAAAAGGAGAGCGUGGAGAGCCUGGUCCAGCAGGGGAGGAGGCCCAAACAUCGAAUGAUGUCAUCAUUGAGGGUCCUCCUGGCCCUCCAGGUCCUCCAGGACCACCUGGACCCACGGGGCCUCAAGGGCCCCCUGGACCUCAGGGGCCUCCAAGAACGCGACACCACAGAGCCCACCUCCAGAUCCCUCAUACUCUGGGGUUAAUGGAUACGAUUCCAAACGAUGAAACUUUGGCCGCAAAGGAAGUUGUGACACUGCAAAAGAAGCCUGCUGAGAAUAAUGAGUGUCUCAUCAAAUCCCUGAUCAAUCCCAGAAGUGUGGCAAAGAUGGAGAGCACAUUUGGCACAUGGAUGAGAGACACCGCUCAGCUGAAUGACGAGCGAAUAUGGGUGGCCGAACACUUUUCUGGGCGCAUCAUAAAGCAGUAUAAAAGCGUUGCUGCCUUCCACAACAGCAGCAGCGAGGCAGUGGACGUCAGGAGGUUCUACCAAGGCUGUGGCCACACGGUCCACAAUGGCUCCUUCUAUUAUCAUCUUGCGGGCACUUCCAGCAUCGCCAGAUUUGACUUCAACACACGGAAGCUUCACACGCUUUUCAUAGAGAACGCCCUGUACCACAACCUGGCCUACCUGCUCCCCAACUCCAAGACCUACUUCAAGCUGGGAGCGGACGAAAACGGCCUGUGGCUGAUUUUCGCCUCGAGCCUGGACGAGAGCAUCAUGGUGGCCCGGCUGGACCAGAGGACCUUCUCGGUCACGUCCUACGUAAACACCACCUACCCCCGCACCAAGGCGGGCAACGCCUUCAUCGCCUGCGGCGUGCUGUACGUGACCGACCCCAAAGACACCAGAGUCUCGUUCGCCUUCGACCUGCUGAAGGGGAAGCCGGUGAACAUGACCUUUGACAUUAGGUCUCCCGGCGGAGUUCUGGCAAUGCUCUCUUACAGUCCGAAAGACAGACACCUGUACGUGUGGGACCAGAGCUACGUCAAGCUCUACGUGGUCCACUUCAUCUCCGAUGAGUGAGGACGAGACAUUCAGGUGGCCCAGAAUUAUGAUCACAUUCCACCAUCAGAGCCAAACCCCUGCUGACCAUCACUUAUUCACUCCAUCCUGAAGUACUCAUAUAUACAGGUUUCACAGACUCCCUCAGUAGACCCUCAGACAAGCCGGGCUCCUCAAAGUUUGACAUAUUCUUACGUUUUCGUCAUAAAAUGCUUUAGAUAUGAGUAAAUUCUUCUUCAUCAAGUAUACAAAUAUGCUAUUAUAACCCCGUAUUAUAACCCAUGAGGAAUUGAGGAGGGCUUGGUUUGGGGACCUGCUCCUCAUAACUUGACCUGGCUCCAUCUUAACUGUUGGUCAGGGCAUAGUAUAGAUAGUAUACAGUAGAUAUCCAGCUAUUCUCAAGAGAUAAUUUAUGGACCUGUUAAAAGAAAGUCUUAUGUAAAAUCCAGUUUAGUCUGUGAUUGCUUUUUCUUCCUCUUGGUUUUUAGGCUAGAAGUCAUAUUGUAAAAAAAAGUACUGCUGCAUUUUUGUUUUUGUUUGAAAUUGAUAUUUUAGACUAACUAACUGUUUGAAAUCUUCAUUUUCAUCAGCUGAAAACUGACCUUUUUCAUGGUCGAUAAUCUGACUGGUCUAAAAUAACCAAUAUAUCACAUUUUCUUCCAGACUCCAUUCGUGAAUCUUAACACAAUAAAAUUCUCAAACAGGUUAUGAGUUCAAUUAUUUUCUGCAGUUUUUAAACCAUGAGUUUUCUGGCUGUUGUUCCAUUUUGAGUUUGCAAUUUUGAGUUUGUCUUAUUGAAUUUGUAUUUUUUAAGUUUUUUUAUAUUGGAGUAUAUUUCCCCCCCAUUUUCUCUGUACAUACACUCUGACUUUGUAAAGCAGCGUUAUUACCCUUCUUGAAAAUGAAAUAAUAAAGAAAAAAAGACUGUGCCAAAUCA